UAGAAUGGGGAAAUUCUGCCAUAGACAGGGAAAAAUGGGGAGGAGAUGGAAGCCUUUGCCCAAGCAGUGAGACAUGAUGACAUGAGAUACAAAUAAUACAAAUAUCUUGGCUUUACAUUAGUAAUCGAUUAGACUACGACCCGCCCGUGUGAAAACGUCUCAUUAUAUACUAUCAUAAUAAGUGAUCCUCUGAUUUAAUUUCAAGAUUGACUAAUUUAUUAUUUAAGUAAUGCUCAUCUGCGUUUGCUAAUUAGUCGAUCAGUGAACAGUGUACGAAAUUUUAUGUAUGUUAAAGUCUUACGAAAUCAUGGAAUUUAAUUUGAUCUUGAUUUUCUUGUUUGUUUCUUUUUUUAAUGUGAAUUGCGUCGAUAUUACUGAAAGACGAAAUGACGCUAUUGAUUCAAGUUAUUUGGAAGAAGUAUUAGAUGCGCAGGAGUGUGAUCGGCAAGUAAAUGUGAUUAGAGAAAAUUCACUGUUGUUACUCCAAUUUGCCGACUCCGGUCUCAGAACUCCAAGAGGUAUUCUCACAGGCAACACAGUAGACCUCGGGAACUACCAUCAAUGUUUAGGAAUAGAUCAUCAACUGGAAGAGAUGCACAUUCAGGGAAAGUACUGCUCGAUGCUAGUACCUGUCAACCAACAGUUAGAGUUACCAACACUUCAGGAUCUGGAAGGGUUACCGUUCAAUCCAAGCUCUUUGCGGGUGGACAAUGCUACUAUAAAAAAUAUAGAGCAAUAUGAUGUUAUGAGACGACUGGUACGAGCCGUUGGUGGAGAUUUCGAUGGACUGCAUUUAGAAGCUAGAUCUACACCGGAGAAUCCUCUGAGCAACAUGGUUUUUAGACUAUCGGUGUGUGUACCAAAACCCUGUACUACGGAGCAAGCUAUUACGUCUUUAUUGUUCAACAUUUCUCAGAUUGGUUUCAAGUAUACGGAUUCUUACUGUCGACUGCCCAACGACAAGCCUUGGGUUACUGCUGAUUUUGUGGCUGUAUCGUUCUUUGCUGUUUUGGGUUUUUUCACGUUAAUUAGCACCUGUUACGAUAUCGGAUAUCGAUUUGUAUUAAAGAAAGAUGUGAAGCAAAUGAGAGUGCUUUACAGAUCAUUUUCUGUAUAUACAAACGGAGAAAUAUUAACGACGUUUAAAUCAGUUCCUGGGACCAUACAUUGCCUUGAUGGGAUCAGGACACUGGCUAUGUUGUGGGUCAUCGUCUCUCACUCGUUCAGUACAGAACCUUUUGCAGCAAACCCAGCAGAUGUUAAUAGUUGGAUGUUUUCUGCUCAAGCCUUAUGGAUAACUGCUGGGACAAUGACUGUCGAUACAUUCUUCACCAUGUCUGGAGUUCUUCUAGUUUAUACGACUGUUGGAAAAAUGAAUCAAAUGACAUUCGUGAAAAACCUACACUGGUUUUAUCUGAACCGUUUUAUGAGGGUGACACCGAUGAUGGGUGUUGUUGCACUGCUCCAAGCUUCGUUCUACAACCAAAUUGCUGACGGACCCUACUGGGUGACGGUGGCUGAACACGUGAUGAGAUGUCGCGACAACUGGUUGUUGACGAUGCUGCAUGUCCAGAACUUUAUGAUUCCUGAAACCAUGUGUCUCCCUCACUCCUGGUAUAUUGCUAUUGACUUCCAACUUUACGUCAUCUCACCCUUCAUCCUCUUCUGGGUGUUUUCUGGCAAGAGUCGUACAGCCUGGUCCAGUUUGCUUGGGGGACUUCUAGUUGUGUUGAUAAUUUCAACUGGUUACUGCUUCUAUAUGGAUUUGCCGGGUGGAGUUAUAGCACCUAGACGCUUUGCCGAGUUUCUGAGGUACUACAAUUUAUAUUAUUUCCACACACUUGCCAGAGCUUCUCCAUUUUUCGUUGGCUUAGUGUUUGGCUAUUUACUUCACGUCUAUCGUAAAAAAAGGUUGCAUAUUCCCGUGUUUCUUGUCAUGUUGUACUGGGCUUGCUCGGCUGGAAUACUUGCGGGAAUCUUCUACUUCAAGUACAGAAUCAAACAAUUCGAUUGGGACAAUCACUUUAUGGACAAUUUUAUGAACUCUUUUAUGAGGCCAUCGUAUGCUUGUGCUAUCUGCUGGUUGAUCGUUGCCUGCGUUCACGGCUACGCAGGUCCGAUAAAUUGGUUCCUUUCUCAUGAAUAUUGGAGACUGCCGGCUCGUUUGUCAUUUGGGAUGUACCUUUUCCACUUUCCUCUCAUGUUCUCUCUAAAUGCUACGAUGGUAGUUCCUAUAUACUUCACUGUGGAACGUUACUUCUUCAAGUUCCUGUCGUACGUGGUGUGGGCAGUGGUGUAUUCCUUCGUAUUUACUCUAACAGUGGACACUCCAAUCACCGUCCUGUUUAAGAUGUUAAUGGAUGCAGUUAAACCGAAACCUACGGCUGUGAAAGAAGAUAAAAAAGUUGAAGACCUUCCUGAAAAACUCAUUGAAGUAAAAGCUGAAGACGCUGUGCCGGAAGUUAUGGUAGUCGAUACAAAAGAUGUGAAACCUCAAACAACUGAAAUACAUGAUGAACCUCAAACAAGUAAAGAUUUACAAAUAGAAAGUAAAAAAAAUCCAGAUGACGAGGUGGUUCGUAUUGAUGAUUCUGGUGUCCUCAUAGAUUCUAGAAAAUUAAAUUUUGCCGACUCCGGCCUAAGAACACCAAGAGGUAUACUCACUGGCAAUACAGUAGACCUUGGAAACUACCAUCAAUGUUUAGGAAUAUAUCAUCAACUGGAAGAGAUGCACAUUCAGGGAAAGUACUGUUCGAUUGAAGUCCCUUUCGACCAAAAGUUCCACUUACCAAGACCUCAGGAUCUGAAAGGGUUACCGUUCAAUCCAAGUUCAUUACGGGUGGACAAUGCUACUAUAAAAAGGAUGGAGAAAUAUGAUGUUAUGAGAAGACUGAUGCGGGCCGUCGGUGGAAAUUUUGAUAGAUUUGAUUUAGAAGCCAGAUCUACACCGGAAAAUCCUCUGACCAACAUGGUUUUUAGAUUAUCAGUUUGUGUACCGAAACCGUGUACUACAGAGCAAGCUAUUACGUCGUUACUGUUCAACAUUUCUCAAAUUGGUUUCAAGUAUACGGACCACUACUGUCGACUGCCCAACGACAAACCUUGGGUUACUGCUGAUUUUGUAGCUGUAUCACUCUUUGCCGUUCUGGGUUUUCUAACGUUAAUGAGCACGUGUUACGACAUCGGGGGUCGAUUUAUAUUAAAGAAAGAUGUAAAGCAACUGAGUUUGCUUUAUAGAUCGUUUUCUGUAUAUACAAACGGAGAAAUAUUAACGACGUUUAAGUCAGUUCCUGGGACCAUACAAAGUCUCGAUGGGAUCAGAACAUUGGCUAUGUUGUGGGUCAUCCUCGGUCACACUUACGGUACAGAACCAUUUGCAGCAAACCCUAUGGAUACUUAUUCGUGGAUGUUUUCUGCUAAAGCCUUGUGGUUAACUGCCGCGACCAUGACUGUCGAUACAUUCUUCACCAUGUCAGGGGUUCUUUUGGUUUAUACGACUGCUGGAAAAAUGAAUCAAAUGACAUUUGUGAAAAACCUGCACUGGUUCUAUCUGAAUCGCUUCAUGAGGGUGACACCGAUGUUGGGUGUUGUUGCUCUACUCCAGGCUUCGUUCUACAACCAAAUUGUCGACGGGCCCUAUUGGGUGACGGUGGCUGAUCAUGUGAAGAGAUGUCGAGACAACUGGUUGAUGACAAUGCUACAUGUGCAAAACUUUAUGCGUCCUGAAACCAUGUGUGUCACUCACUCCUGGUACAUUGCUAUUGACUUCCAACUUUACGUCAUCUCACCUGUCAUCCUCUUCUGGGUGUUUUCUGGCAAGAGUCGCACAGCCUGGUCCAGUUUGCUUGGAGGACUUCUAGUUGUGUUGAUAAUUUCAACUGGUUACUGUUUCUAUAUGGAUUUGCCGGGUGGAGUUAUAGUACCCAGUCGUUUAUCCGAAUUUCGGCGUUACUACAUACAUUAUUAUUUCCACACUCUUGCAAGAGCUUCCCCGUUUUUUGUGGGCCUGGUAUUUGGCUAUUUACUCCAUGUCUACCGUAAAAAAAGCUUGAAAAUUUCUCCGUUUCUUGUUAUGUUGUACUGGGCCUGCUCGGCUGGGGUACUCGCGGGCAUCUUCUACUACAAGUACAGAAUCAAACAGUCAGAUUGGGACAAUCACUUUAUGGACAACUUUAUGAACUCCUUUAUGAGGCCAGCUUACGCUUGUGCUAUCUGCUGGUUGAUCGUUGCAUGCGCUCACGGUUAUGCAGGUCCGAUAAAUUGGUUUCUUUCUCAUGAAUAUUGGAGAUUGCCGGCUCGUUUGUCAUACGGAAUGUACCUGUUCCACUAUCCUCUCAUGUACACCUUAAAUGCUACGAUGGUAGUUCCAAUAUACUUCACUGUAGAACGUUACUUCUUCAAGUUCCUGGCCUACGUGAUGUGGUCGUUGGCGUAUUCUUUCGUCUUUACUCUAACAGUGGACACGCCAAUCACCGUUCUGUUCAAGAUGUUAAUGGAUGCAGUUAAACCGAAACCUUCGGCUGUGAAAGCAGAUAAAAAGGUUGUCGAAGAUAGUCCUGAGAAAUUCAGUGAAGUAAAAGCUGAAGACAGUGUACCACAAGUUAUGGUAGUCAAUAAUAAUGACGUGAAACCUAAAACAACUGAAAUAAAUGAUGAUGCUAAUGAACCUCAAACAAGUAAAGAUUUACAAAUACAAAGUAAAAAAGGUCCAGAUUACGAGGUGGUUCGUAUUGAUGAUACUGGUGUUCGUAGGGAUUCUAAGAAUUAAAUUAAGCAGUAGCUUGUAAGGAAUCGAAACUCAAAUAUGUAUCUGUAAUGCACAUUUAUGCCAGAAAAUAAUGUAUGAUAAAUUUAAAGGACAAUAAGAGUGCAGUAGUAGAAUAUGAAUGGACUUAAGUGAAAAGAUUUGUUUCAUGAGAAU